AUGUUUAUGCUGGAAUCACCUCCGUCGAGGAAACGUCGACGUGUCGCGACCUCAUCCGUGGAUCUUGAGCGGUCGCUCAUUGCCAAAAAACAGAGAUUGACACCUGAUGAGAAGCUGUCGCAGAAUCAUAAACGCCGCGCCUGCUUUUGGGAUACCCUUUCCAAGAUUCGAUUAACCCGGGGUGCGCUGAAGGAGUUCGAUCGUAGGUGCAGGCAAGAAAAGAGUCCGUUGUGCCUCACAAAUGCCCAAACCCAGACCCUUGACUAUCCAGAAGGGCAAAAACUACAACAGCUCAGGAGCUUCGCUCGAGUUGGCGGGCCGGAUCUGUCACACCUUCGAGGAUUUUCCGAGUUGCCUCUUCCUGUUUCCGAGGCGAUGAGCCCUUACUCCUCAGGGCAAAGUCGAAAGCGGUCUUCAGCCUCGUCGAGACCUAGUGGCUCCAAGACAAGCACGUACAGCCGCAAUUUUGAGCAAAAAUUGAUUGAUAAUGGCAUCUAUCCCCCUGGCCACGAACAUCAGAAUGGACGUCCACCACAAGAUCCGGCCAAUAUUGAUGACAUUCGGGCUAGACUUUCCCUCCCGCGAGCAUCUCUCUCACCGUCGCGAUUUACAGACGCAGAUUAUUUAGCCUUCAAACGAGAGAAUAACAGGGCCGAAAGGGAGACUACAACGUUGUUCAAGGUGCUUCCCUUCGUCGCCGGCAACGAAAUAAGUCAUCGGGUUGAGGCCGACCUCCCACUAAAGGAUCUUGCACCAUUCGACAAAGGUCUCAGUGAGCUCAAGCCAGACUUGUACCACGGAGCCAGUGCCUCUGCUAUUCAUCCCCGUGUACGCACAGAUCUGGGAAAAUAUAUCAUUCCGUCUAAGGCCGACACUAGCCGUCCGGCUGUCCCCAAUUUCUUUUUCGAGGGCAAGAGCGCCCAAGGACGAGCAGAUGUGGCGACAAGACAAGCCCUGGUUGAUGGAGCCACAGGCGCUCGAGCCAUCCACCAACUCCAGAAUUACAAAGCCAAAGAGCCUGUGUACGAUAACAAUGCAUACUGCUUCAGCAGCACCUACCAUCCUGCUACUGGCGCGCUUCAGAUCUAUGCCACUCAUCCCACGCAACCACUGACGGCCGGCGGUACAGCAGAGUAUCAUAUGAACAAAAUACGUGGGUUUGAUAUAACCGACAGCAAGAAGACGUUCAUUGAAGGGGCUACUACAUACCGCAACGCUCGUGACCUGGCAAAGACGUACCGGCAUACCUUCAUUGAACAGGCCAACCAACGGGCCAGCCAACUGCCACCUUCCACGAACAAAAAUCUUUCCCAGUCGACACUUUUGACCAGGGCUUCUGACACUUCCGAAGACGAGCUGGCUCGUAAUGAAGUGACCCCAAUCCGACGCACAGGACGGUCAUCACGAGGGCAGAGCCUCGUCACUCAGUUCGAUCGAAAACCUGGCCGCCCAGCCACGACAAGUACGGAGCGACGUCCCUCAGGGUCAACCUUCGUAGCUGGCUCCUCCGAGACCUCUGAAGACGAAUUAGCCAGGAACGAGGCCGUCAAGCGUCCGCGACCUGAUCCGCCACAGUGCGAGAACAAGCAGGAUACUGCGUGCUCUGUUGGACCUUCUAGAAAGGCAAAAGAUCCGGUACCACGCCAUGCUGUUGAGGUCUCUCCUGAGCGCAUGCGCCAUGGGGAUGCAUGUGGAUGGCUUGUUCACCACCAGGAUGAACUAGUGUUCGUCCCCGAUUCCCGGUGGACCUUGUGUGAGAAGGACGGAAAGGAUGUCUUUUAUUAUUCGUCUCUCAAAGUUUUCAUUUAUGUCGACAUGAUCACGGACGGGCGAUGA